ACCGUUGUGGGCCCUCCCUCCCAUUUCCCCUUUCAAACAAAAUAUAUAUAACCGUUGCCUCCUCUCCUCAUUUCUCAUCACAAAAUCUCAGCAACAAAGAAGCCAAUCGAUUGAUCAGAGACGAUGACGGUUGAGGUUGAAUGUAGAGCUGAGGCGGCGCCGGUGGCUGUGGAGGAUGUGAAGACGGCGGCGGCGGAAGAAGUGAAGUGUGAGAAGGAAGAAUUGAAGCCUACGAUUGUGGAGAAAAGCUCUUCCUAUAGAGAAGAGAGCAAUUUCCUCUCCGAUCUCAAGGAUCACGAGAAGAAGGCCUUGAACGAGCUCAAAUCCAAGCUCGAAGCAGCCAUCCUCGAAAACUCCAUUUUCGCCAAGAAAGAAUCCCCCAAAGAGGAGACUUCUGAGGAGAAACCCUCGGAAGAAACAUGCGAAAAGAAAGAGGAAUCAGAAGUUUGCGAGGAAGAAACUGAAAAGCCCGCGCCCGAGCCCGUGCCCGUUGAGAAAUGCGAUGAGCCCGAAGCAAUUGAUGAAGACAUCUCGAUUUGGGGGAUUCCGCUCUUGCCGAGCAAGGGCAACGAGAGCACGAACGUGGUGCUGUUGAAAUUCCUCCGAGCUCGUGAAUUUAAGGUGAAUGAGGCCUUCGAGAUGCUGAAGAAGACGCUCCAAUGGCGGAAGGAUUUCAGAGCUGAUGCUCUUCUGGAGGAGGAGUUUGAGGCGGAGCUGGGCGGCGCGGCCUACAUGAGCGGCGUGGACGGCGAGGGGCACCCCAUCUGCUACAACAUCUUCGGCGUGGUGGACGAGAAGACGGUGGCGACGGAGGAGAAGAGGGAGCGUUUCUUGAGGUGGAGAGUGCAGCUCAUGGAGAAGGGUGUGCAGAAGCUGGAUUUUAAGGCUGGUGGGGUCAGCUCUCUUCUGCAGAUUAAUGAUCUGAAAAACUCUCCCGGAGCUUCCAAGAAGGAGGUCCGCGCCGCCGUGGAUAAGGCCGUGGCGGUUCUUCAGGAUAAUUACCCUGAAUUUGUUGCUAAAAAUAUUUUCAUCAAUGUUCCGUUUUGGUAUUAUGCUUUUCAUUCAUUGAUGUCUCCUUUCUUGACGCAAAGAACUAGGAGCAAAUUGGUCUUUGCUCGGCCUUCUAAGGUCACUGAGACUCUUCUCAAGUACAUUCCGAUCCAAGAAAUUCCAGUUCAGUAUGGAGGGAUGAAGAGGGAGAAUGACUUUGAGUUCUCCAAUGCUGAUGGUGAGGCUACAGAAGUUGUGAUCAAGGCUGGAGCCACUGAAACCAUUGAAAUCCCAACUCCAGAGGCUGGGACUACAUUUAUCUGGGAUGUGACAGUUCUUGGAUGGGAGGUGAGCUACACAGAGGAGUUUGUGCCAGCAGAUGAGAAUUCAUACACUAUGAUUGUGCACAAGUGUAAGAAGAUGGGGACUGAUGAGGAAGCGGUUCGUAAUACGUUCAAGAACAACGAGGCGGGGAAGAUCGUCAUAACUGUGCACAAUUCAUCUGGGAAGAAGAAGAAGUUGUUCUACAGAUACAAGAUCAAGAAGGCAGCAAUUUGAUUGAUGCUGAUCGAGGCCAUGGAUUUUGAUUCUUGAGGAUUUUUUUUUUAACUUAAAAGUUGAUGUUGAUUCUUUAUUUGAUUGAUUUGUUGUAAUUUCGUGGUGGAAAAUUAUUUUUCUUUGUAUUAAUUCAUCAAUCACUAUUUGGAUUUUGAUUCA